AUGUCUACACGCCGCUAUAGAUCGGCUGCUGCUUGUCAAAAUUGCCGUCAGCGCAAAGUGCGCUGUAGCGUGACGGUGACCGGUAUCCCGUGUAUAGGUUGUACGCAAGAUGGCAGAGAAUGUCACGUUCCGCCGACAAAAACCCAAUCCAUACGCGAGAGACAUACACGUCGAACUGCAUCUGUUGUUAACAGCCCGCCCCACACAGAUUCGAAUGCAUUGACACAACAGUCUUCACUUCCACUUAAUGCAUUUCCAAAUGCACCACUUUCGAAUAAUGUAGAUCGGCCUGAGCUAGCUGGUUUGAGAAGUGUCUCUAAUCCCCCAGAGGGGCGCCAGGACGAAGAACAGACUGGUGUUGAAAUCGCCACCAAAGUCCUCGGGAAAAAUAACAAACCUGGCCAAGCGCCCUUCUACACUGGUGAUUCGCCUGGGUUCGGUGCUGUCUUUGAUAUAUGCUCGCCUUCACAGCAGCCUUUAUCAAGGCAUAUCAUGCUCACUUCCAAAACAUCGGCCUCGCUAUCUCCUGAGGAUAAAGCGUACCUGCAGUAUAAGGGAGUCUUCAAUAUGCCCCGAAAAGAAACUUGCGAUGAACUUUUGCGGGCAUACUUUCAUCAUGUGCAUCCCAUUAUGCCAGUGAUUGACGCUACAACACUUCCAUACCUCUACCCCAGUGGAGAUGGCCAAGCGUACAAUCUGAUAUUAUUAUGGAGCAUCUUCUAUGUUGCAGCUAAUCACGUCCCGGCCGAUACUUGGAAAUCAGAGGGGUUUUCAUCCAGGAAAGAGAUGAAAGAAUCCAUGUACUCUCGCGCGAAGUGCCUACAUCAUAAUGCGGGUGAGACGGACCACAUAGUUCUCCUUCAAUCAGCACUUCUCUUGGGAUUUUACCACUCCGAGGCUGAUACCUACACCCAGCCGUGGUUUUGGCUUGGUAUUGCCAUUAGCCUUUGCCAAUCAAUGGGUCUACAUCGGUUCUCCGCUGCGGUCUGUGCCAAUUCACCUAUCAGUGCAUCACAGCAGCGCCUUUGGCGGCGCCUCUGGUGGACCUGCUUCUUUCGAGAUCGCUGGCUCAGUCUCACAAUGGGCCGUCCAUUGAGAAUCAACAUGAAUGACUGCAACACCGUACCGCCAUCUACAGAUGAUAUAUUGAGUGAUUUUGUCGGAUUACCCGAGUCCAUAUCGGCAGCAUAUGUCCCGAGCGAUCUGCCGCAGCUAGCAAACUACUGGGUGACAAUGAUCCAACUCACUCAGCUUUUGGGAGACGCUCUUACCUUGAGCUACCAACCCUUUGGAACCGAUCCAUCCUUCCAGCAGGUUGAAGCACUUGAACGAAAGAUUUUGCGCUUCCAACUUCCCGAAUAUCAAGAGGCGGGACAAAGUCCACUUGCAACCUUUUACUUGUAUCACUUGCAGCUUCAUUACCAAGCAUUCUUAAUCACUUUUUACCGCCCCUUUAUCACAAAGACCCCGGAAGGGCUACCCGCUUCUCGCCAGGAUGCAUGGCAAACUCAUGUCCGAAAUCAGAUCAAUAUAGCUGCGCUACAGACCAAUUCCAUCCUUGAUAAUCUGGCAAACGAGAAGCUGUUGGGAUUCUCAGGUCCUAUGACGCCACCGCUGUUAGUCCCAGCAAUGCAUGUCCACCUCCUCAACUGCAAAUCCCCCGAUCCCGUUUCUCGACGUCUGGGUCUCAACAAGAUUGAGGUUUGCAUGAUAGUCUUGGAACAGAUGCAACACAACCACCCCUGCUCCUCGGUCUUCCGAGGUAUCUUUCUUGAAGCCAUCCGUUACAUUUUCCCAAACUAUGUGGCUCAAAAAGUUCUCCCUGAGUUGGCAUCUGAGUCUUCUCCAAUGCAAGAAUUUCCAGCCGAUGAUCCUAUGGCAGGAAUAACAAUCGGCGAAGAUGCCAUUGAUGCGCUGAUGGAUGAGGUAUCGAUUUUCAAUUUUUGGGAGUCCCUUAACAAUGUGCAAAAUUAG